AUGUGGUUUGAGAGGUCCUUGGCAUGUUGCUGCAACCCAGAAAAGGCGCAAGAAGCCAGCCGCUUCAGCUCGCCGUUUCUCCGAAACUUCGCAUAUCUUCUUGGACCGUUCUCCGCGGUGUGGACACUGCUUUGGGCGGCCAGGUGGCGCUAUCGCGAUGCAGACCGGCUUCGAGAUUUGGAGUUGAAGCCGGGAGGCGCAAUACUGUUGGACCUUCUUGCAUGGAGGGUCACCGCACACUUGGGUCCCUACCAGGUGCCGAACUUCGCCAAGGCCAAGAUGCACGAAGAGCCGCUCAAGAUGCUUCAGGACCCGGUCUUGCUGGACUACGAGCGAAUGCGAGCUCUAAGCAGGCUCGGGCAGCUGUCGCAGAGGCGUAUGGCUGCGCUAAGCUUCUCGGCCCCGGGCACGGACCAAGGUUCACCUUUGGUGGCGAUAGAGCCACUUCUUUUCGACGCUUUCUACGAGGACCCCGCCAGUGUGACGAACACUCCGGGUACCAGCUCUGACACGCACAAAGCCGCAGCGGCCAAAAUCAUCCUGGAUGUGGUUUCGGCAUGUCCAUCCCAGGACCGGUCAGUUCCGGACUGGGUGCUCAGUGGCCUGGUGAGGGCUCGGGGCAUUCCAUGGCAAGUUGGGCCGCAAGGAGAGGAGCUGCGAGCCACGCUUCUCGUGCAACUGCUACAAACCCCCCGCAAUGCGGCAGCUGCCGGUUCCUUGAUGGAGGUACGGCAAUACCUUGGCAGUUCAGGCAUCAGGCGGAAAGAAGACACAAUUUGGCCAUUGAAGGCCUACCUGCUAAGCGGUGAGACCCAUGAUCUGCUUCGAAAGGGAGCCAGGCUUGUGACGAAACACUGUCCGGGUGCUGUUGAACCCCAAAACAAGAGGGAGAGAGACACUCCAAGCCUUCAAAUGAAGCGCGACCUUCGCAACUUCUGGACUUCGAUCUUACUUACAGCAGGAUGGGCAUCUUUCCAGCAUUGGACAGCAGUCUUCACGGCUCAGGCUCUCCUGCAACUUGCAGCGGGUGUUGCCAGUGCUAGUGCAGGUGCAGCAGUUCUGGAGAUUCUCUGGAGUGCCCAGGAGCAGGUCAUCCAAACAGAGUGGUACUGGGAGAACGCCUACAGCACGCCGGCUUCUGCAGCCAUGGCCUUCACAAACUGCGUGGCUUUGGCGUGGGCCUCGCGCUUCUCCUGUAUUCUGCCCUUCGUGGUCUCGAGAUUGUUUAAGGAUGAUUACUUGGAUGCGUACAGGACUUUUGCCUGA